GCCGGUUGGUAGUGUUGCUCACUACGAUUUUUCGUUUUUUAAAUUUCUAUUGAUGAAAGUUGAAUAAUUUUGAAAUUCAACCGCCCGCUGUUAUUGGAACGAGACGCAGGUGUCUGCUGCAAUCAGCAUCUGGAUAGAGGUGCAUCGAUGGACAUGGAGCUGAACUUGAUGGGCCGGCGGGUGCGGGAGGGCUAUGUAAAGAGACAGUCCAAGUACAACACGAGAUACAGGACCCUCCAGAACUCAAUUUACGCUUUCCUCGAGAGACCUCAGGGCUUCAUGUCGCUCACCUACCACGUCACUGUAUUUGUACUCAUCUUCAUCUGUCUGCUGCUAAGUGUGAUCAGCUCUGCUGAAGUGGAGCGAAAUGAAAACAACCAAUACUACCAAACAUCUAUAUCUAAUUUCUAUAACCAGUACUCGGCUCAAAAUGGAACCUCAUCGGACUAUUCGAGUAGACGGCUCGGAUCCCGCUCGUCGCCAGGAGCUCCAAUCGACUACGGGACUACAGAAAGUGUUGCUGCAGAUGUGUCUAAUUUUUCCGAGGAAGCAAACAAAGCGCUCCAUAAACUGGAGAUUCUUCUGAUUGUAAUUUUUGGAGUGGAGCUGGUGCUGAGAGUCUGGUCAGCUGGAUGUCGCAGCAGGUUCCAGACACUCCUCGGAAGACUCCGGUUCAUCAAACAGCCAUUUACAUUCUUAGACAUCUUCAUCUGUGUGACGUCACUGGUGAUCAUCGUGACUGGGACUGAGAACAACAAGGUGUUCGCCACCUCCUCUCUCCGAGGUCUUCGCUUCCUCCAGAUCCUGCGCAUAGUCCGCAUGGACAGAAGGGGUGGCACAUGGCGACUCCUCGGAAGCGUGAUCUAUCUUCACAGACAGGAGCUGAUCACGACUUUCUAUAUUGGGUUCCUCGGCCUCAUCUUUGCAUCUCUUCUCAUGUACAAUCUGGAGAACAGUGCCUCUGCUGUCGGUAUACUUCUUAAUGGGUCAACAGCUGCUGACAACAUGAGUAGCGGGGGUGCGGAAGGCGGUUCCGCAAUGCCCCCAGGACCAAGGCAGUUCGAGACAUACGCUGAUUGUCUAUGGUGGGGAAUUGUCACCCUGACAACUGUGGGCUAUGGGGACAAAGUGCCUCUGACGAGUGGGGGCAAACUGGUGGCGUCUUUCUUCGCCAUCAUGGGCAUCUCUUUCUUCGCCCUCCCUGCGGGUAUCCUCGGCAGUGGUUUCGCCCUCAAAGUGCAGGAGCAGCAGAGACAGAAACACUUUGCUCGCAGAAGAAACCCCGCAGCUACUCUACUACAGUGUGUGUGGAGGUGCUAUGCUGCGAGUGAGGACUCCCUCUCUGUGGCGACCUGGGCCAUACAUGUAGUGUCUCCCACCUAUAACAACUCCAGCUCAUUCUCGCCCACCUCCGCCAACACUGGCGGCACAGCCACUACACACAUAUUCGGCUCAGCAUCGAAUCCACUCGCAAGAAAACUGGCUGGUAGUAACUUAAUAGAGAGGAUUCCAUCCAUCAGGACUCGGAAGAACACGCCAACGCGUAAAGCUAGUCACGCUUCGACUAACAACGGCUUCAUCAUGUCCCCGACUGAACUGAAGAAGCCCAAAUCCAACCCUCAGAGGUCAUCGCUGAACCUCAAUAUCAACAACUAUGGCAACCACAUUGAAACAACGGUCACCAACACCAACAACAGCUUCAUACAAAUGAAUAGAGACAGUCUGGCAGAGCCCAAGCGGAAGAGUUCGCUGCUGAGUCUGAACUUCGAGGCCUACUUUCCAGGCGGAUUCUUCAGCAGCCCCAACUCCAGAAAGAACUCUCUCGUAGAGUCUGAGAACGAUCAAGACGAGGCGCCACGACGACUGACCAAGCUGCGUACAAAACACAAGAUAGCAAUCCGCUUUAUCCGUCGCAUGAAGUACUUCCGGGCCAGAAUUAAGUUCAAGGAGGCCUUGAAGCCCUAUGACGUGAAGGAUGUGAUAGAGCAGUAUGCCAGUGGACACGUGGACCUCAUCACUCGUGUCAAGGACAUACAGGCCAAUUUCGCGCUUGUUGUGGGCCAAAAAGACAAGAAGAAGCAGGACUCUAGCUUCUCCAAGCUCACAGUGGCGUCCAGAGUAGUGAAGAUAGAGAACCAGCUGACUCAUCUGGAGCGAAAGCUGGACCACCUCAUCCACAUGUACAGGAAAGACAAGACCCAGGCCAUACACAGCAUGCAUGUGCAACAUGCCAUUAGCAGCAGCGAAGACGAGUCCGGGACUCCGCUGUCUAGACAGCAAAGAGUGCCCCCCUCACAACUGUUUGUAAAGACCCGUCAGAUGGAUCUUCUAUCCCCAAUAAUUUCGAGGUCAAGAUCCCACUCGCAACCAAAUGCCCUGUUUCUGGACCAGGAUCCGAUGCACUCUACGGGAAGCGACUUCCUGUUCCAGAGCACACCGACAGUGUCCAGACAGGCUAGCUGUUUCUUGAAUGUACCACAACUCACGGAUCAACAGAUAAACACCAAACAACCAGACACCAACCAUUCGCAGUCAUGACGCUGCCUGCGAUCAUCCGAUGAACCAAAUAAAGCAACUAUAUUUUCUAGUUUGCAGACUCAUUGUUGAAAUUGAUUUGUUUUCUCACCCCUUCUUGCAUCAUCAGUCGUUUCACUAUUUUUGUAUUAGCAAGCACAAUUUAGACGAAUAAAAAUGUAUUCAUAUUCA